UAUAAUUCAGAACUGAAGUUUUAGAGAACAACGCCUUAUACUCAGAGGCCCAACCAAAAAGAUCGAAACUUUAUUAGAGCAAAAGCCUUGUGUGUUUCUCUUCAAGACGUGAACAGUUCAACAACAACUGAGAUAUGCCCUUCUUCUUCAGCUCAGAUCUAUUCAGUGAGUGCUGCUUGUGACAAUGUCAAGACCAUGGGUACUGGUUUGUCUGCUCCUGUUAAUUGUGUUUACAUCACAGUUUGAAUGGAAGCAAUAUGGGAAUGAUGAACCAAGUCCAAGCACUUCCAAGAAACAUCAAUAUAUAUCUGAAAGGGAAGAAGCUGUGAAAGAAAAAAUUAUCCUCUCUCAAGAGAAAAAUAUACAGAAACUUAGCGAGCUUGUGCGGAGUCUUCGGGAACAAUUGCUACAAUGUAGAGGUGAAAAUGAGAUUGUCAAUGGCACUGGAGCCCCUUUGACUGAACUUCUUUCUGAGCUUGAAAGGCAUCCACUUUUGGAGGAUUAGUCACAGAUCAUACGUGUUAAACAUCAGUAUGUUUGUAUUUGUAAGUAUAGAAUCCAAAUUCUUUCUUAUUGCUUAGCCUAAUGUGAAACUACACCCGCUUAGAAGGUGAAUUGCAAAGUGCAGUAUCAAAACUGUUUUCUUU